AUGGAUAUGAUUGUCAACACAAAUCGAAGCAACCGCUACGUUCGAUCGUGGCUCGACUCAAUUGAUCAGAGCGAUACACUGAUUCAGGACCCAGAGACAGCCAAGCUCGCACCCGAGCAAUUUAACCCUGAAAUGCCGCCGACACCACCCCCGACGUCGUCGUCGCCCUCCAAAAGAAAGAGAUCCUCGGACAUGCAAGAUGGGAACUCAAUCACCUCGAGACCUCCAUCCAAGACCGCAAUGGCCUUUCGAUCAUUUCCCCGCCUAGCACAACCGGACGAAACGUCCAGUAUAGGCUCUCUGUCGAUGUCCCGCUCUCAAUCGCAAUGUUCAACGAGUCGUCGAUCCACGAGCCCAAUCAAACGAGCCCUCGAUCUCAAGUUCCUUGCGAAGCCGGUCUUGUUCGAAGACUUAAGCGACAACCCGUUGGCACAACUACCUGCUGAUGUACAUGGCUUGUGUACUCGCGUCAUGCGUGCAGCAAACAAGCUGGGAGUCAUUCCUGCUGUGACACGCGAAGCGAUUGAAGCGAAGAUGCCCAACAUGCCAUUGAUGGACGCUUGGUUCCGGCCGGAAACAGAGCAAAACAGACGGGAGCUUGAUGCUUGGGCCGAGUGCGACGUCGAGCUUGAAGAGAGGGCAUUUGAUAAGACGCUUGCGCGUAGGCAAUUCAGGGCCUUAGUUGCGAUAAAAGAAGCUGCUGCAGAGUCGUCCAACAUAGGCCGCGGCGAACUGGCAUGGAACAACAUGGUCCAUUUCCCACUACUCCAACAUGCCGUCCAAUCGACAUCUUACAGCCGCCGCGUUGUGUGUGAGCCUAUUAUGAACGCACAUAUCGCAAAGCAGUGGCUUCCAGAGAUGGGUAGCGACAAAGGCAAAGCCGCGAAAGACUUGGUAGCUGGGGGCAAAAUGGUUGACUUUGCUCUGGUGCUUGACCUACAUAAACCACGGCUCGAAGAUGAGGAGCUGGGUAAAGCUGUUACAAAUUUAUUAGCUAUACAAAAAUCCCAGUCUCAGACCAUCAACCAGUGCAACUACGAGCCGCUUGGACUGAAACCCAUCGGGGUAAGCAUCGAAACCAAGACCGAGAUAGCACUGACCACAGGCAGCGCACAACUUGGGAUUUGGACGGCUGCAUGGCAUCGCCGCAUCAGUGAGCUUUUGGUCAUCGAUCCGGCCACGGAGCGCAUCGUCACAUUGCCGCUUCUGCUUUGUCACGGCCAUGUUUGGCGUCUUUACUUUGCUUGCGACCGGGGACAAAAUAUUACGAUCAUCGGGCCUAUUGAUGUCGGGUCUACAAACGAUAUCAUCCAAAUCUAUUCUCUUGUGGCAGUGUUGCGCGAGCUGUGCAAAUGGGUCGAGGGUCCGUUCCGCGAUUGGCUUGCAUACGCGAUUGGGUUGAAAGAGAAGCCAGAAGAGAUAGUGUAG